AUGGCCAGCUGUAUUCAAGACCGACCCGCCGGUCUCCAGACACGUGACAGCUUCAUGGACCUCGAACACACAAUUCCCAGAUACGUCUCCACACGCCCACACCCAGAGUUCUUUCCCACGCCCACAGUCGUCUCCCCACACCCCCGCCCACCUCUUCCGCCCGCCCUCACACUCACCCACGCCUACACCCCAACCCACCUCCAACAAGCCCGCCCACCUCUUCCGCCGCCCUCACGCUCACCCACGCCUACACCCCAACCCACCUGCAACAAGCCCCGCCCACCUCUUCCGCCCUCACGCUCACCCACGCUCCCCGCCCACCUCUUCCGCCCGCCCUCACACUCACCCACGCUCCCGCCACCCCUUCCGCCCACGCUCCACGCCCACCCUCACCCUCACCCACGCUCUUCACAUUGCCUCUGA